AUGGAAUCUUCGACAACAAAUAUUCGUCCCGUAACACUUAACUCCCGGUCACUGUCAAGUGAACAACAACAACCUGCCCUAUCCAGAAUUCUGCAACAUCUGCACCGUUUGCUGUAUUGCAGGAAACACGCAUCAGGGAUCGCCCUCUCAUCAGUAACGACGAUUACACCAUCUGCUGCGGCGACAGUGAUGAAAGGAAAUGGACUCAAACUCUGUAUCGUACGUGCCCACACCCUUACGGAGACCGCUGAGUACCACAAUAAGGACGCAUUCUAUGAUGAACUCAUUAUGUUGAUAUCCAAGAUACCACUCCAGCAGGCGGUAACUGUCGGAAUUGAUGCGGAUGCAAAGAUGGGACUUGAACCACAAUCCGAUGUGCUUCAAAAAUGGUUCUAUCCCAUGAAGCAAACAUCCGACAUCGCAAAUCGUCUGAUAGACGAACCUUAUCACUGCAUCCAUGUUCAAAAGGAAUCAACGAUGCCAUUGACUUACGUGGCAAGCAACAACCCCAUUAACGCCAGAAGAGCAGCAAAAGUAGAAGAUGCCGACUCUUGA